CUCUCUCUCUCUCUCCCCAGUCCACCUUACUUCUUCAACGCCAUACAUCUUUCAUUAUUAUUAUUUCCACCUCUGACCCCCACCUCCCUCUGCUCCCUUCUCUCUCUCAGAAGCCCUGCCCCAUUAUUGUUCUUCUUUGAGAAUAAUGCGGAAAGAUCACCGCCUGUAAUAACAAGUAUUUGCUUGGUUGAUCAGGGGGUGUUAGCUCUGUUUGUUAAUGAUGGAAGGGAUCAAAGGCUUGGGAGGAGGAGGAGGAGGAGGAGGAGGUAAGGUUGAUGUUGGGGUUGGCAAUGGCGAACAGAUUGUUAUACAGGAUCAAGACAUGGGUGAUGGAAUGCAGUGCAGUGACCAUCCUUUCAGAAACAACCCAGGUGGGAUCUGCGCUUUCUGUCUCCAAGAGAAGCUCGGCAAGCUCGUAUCUUCUUCCUUCCCUCUCCCUGUUCGUAACUCCGCUUCUUCUUCAUCUUCUCCUUCUUUUAGAUCUGACAUCACCGGCACGGCCAGUGCCGCCGGCGGUGUAAGUACUGUAGCCGGUCCUUCGUCGACCUCGCUGUCGCUAUCGCUUUCUGUUCGGUCCAAACCAAACGGGGAGUCUUUUCAUCACGACGAGUUUUACACACGGCGGGCAAGGAUGUCGUUUCUCCUGGCCAGGAAGAAGAAGAAGGUGACUGCCAGUGGGUCUGAGAAUAGUCACGGCCGCGCGGCGGAUAUGGUUUUUAAGAGGAGCAAGUCGACCACGACGCCGAGGAGGGGUCAUUUCAUGGAUGCUGCUGAUGAGUUUAGCCCCAGAAAAAGAAAUGGGUUCUGGUCGUUUCUCUACCAACACCAUCACCACCACAAAACUUCCAAGAAAAUCGAUAGCAAGAGCUUCCGAGACAACUCCAAGAUAUCUUCUUCCUCGUCUUUCGCAUCUUCGGCGACAACAACUACAGCAGCUGGGAGGGACAAGUCUUUGGGUUCUUCUCUGAGGAAUAAAGCUGAGACCGAGGUUGAAGACGACAGCAGCCCCAACAGCCAAGCCACAGCCUCAGCUUCAGCCUCUUCGUUCGAGCGGAAGGUCUCCAGAUCCAGAUCUGUGGGCUGCGGCAGCCGGAGCUUCUCCGGCGACUUCUUCGAGCGGAUCUCGACAGGUUUCGGCGACUGCACUCUAAGAAGGGUCGAGUCUCAAAGAGAGGGCAAGCCCAAACACUCGUCAUCUUCAGCGGUUCGCAACGGCGCCGAGCGUGUCAAAUGUGGCGGGCUUUUUAGUGGGUUCAUGAUGACUUCAUCUUCUUCAUCCUCUUCGUCGUCCUCGUAUUGGGUUUCCUCAGCCGAAGACAUGAACGGGAAAGCAAUGCCUGGUGGUCCCGGGGUUCUAGUCCACGGCGGCAGAAGCAGAAGCAGCUGGGGUUGGGCCUUCGCUAGCCCCAUGAGAGCUUUCAGCAAAACGUCUUCGAAAGACGGGAAGAGGGACAUUAUUCGACAAGCCAAUACUUCAGAUAAGAGCACCACCCCUAACCUGUCUGCAAUUCCUUCCUUGCUAUCUGUCAGAGGUUGAAGAAGAUUAUACACAUUAAAUGUCUCUUCAUUAAUUUAAACCACCUGUUUAUUACUAUGUUCAUUUAUCUUUAAUUUCUUGGUCUAUGGUCUCUAUUCCAUUAGUGAUAAAUACCAUGUAACACAGUGCCAUGAACAGUCUUGUUAAUUUUCUGGGUUUUUUAUUAGACUCAAAAAUGGAGAGUGAAGUGGGUAGUGGGUGGAUCAGUUAAAGAGAUGCAGAUUUUGAAGAAGAUGAUGAUGUUGACCCAUCUUUUUUUGUUGUAUCGGAACUUGUAUUAUUAUAUAUUAAAUCUUUUGUAA